AUGACACCAGCUACCAGCGCACCGCCCGUGGAGCCCCCUAGGUUACCGACACAGCACGAGAAAUCGAGGAAGACUCUUACCACGGAACAGAAACGAGCCAUGUGCCAAUUCCAUGAAGAUAACCCUGGUACCCGACAAGCCGAUAUUGGAGCCCGAUUCGGCGUUGAAAGAAGCACAGUUUCCAAGGUUUUGAGGCAUAAAGAUCAGUACCUAAAGCGAGACCAAGAGCCAGAAAAUGCCGCUGUCAAGCGUGGCAAGGGUAAACAUCCAGAUUUCGACCGCACACUCAGCAACUACGUCAGGAGACAGCAACAGCGAGGUUUCCAAGUCAGCGACGAGGAGAUUAUGGAACAGGCCAGGCUUUUUGCUCAUGCGAGUGGAAACCAGGAGAGUGUCCUGAAUAAUUUGAAUAGCAGCUGGCUGCAGAAGUUUAAACAAAAGCACGGAAUUGGACCAGGCAAGUUGAUGCGGCGGGCUUCAGAGGCAAAUAUUCCGGAUAGUGCAAGACUCUCGACACUUGCCUCGAAGUCCAGCGAUCUGUCGCCUUCGCCAACGGGCCAGCUUUCACCGCUUUCAGGAAGUCGAAGCGAUGAGGAGGCACACGCUGAUGGAAUAGACUUUGACUUUGGGUAUAAGCAUCCCGAGUCCCAGUCAACAACCUCACUUUCGAGCGACUUUCGAGAUAAUACGGCCUCUUCAUUCUCUGGCACCAUGAGCCCAACUGGAACUUUUACUUUCUCCCCCGACCCCAAUGUGGGAGGAUUCCCUAUGGAUCAACUUCGAGGUACCGAUUACCAGCACAGAGAGAAAAGAAGCAACACAUUCCCGUCACUCAACAUUGACUAUGUGAAUCAAGUCUCAUCGUCAACGGAACCAAUAACUCCUCGUCAUCCUCCAUCUUCCACCGCACCGUCUUCGGCUUUAGAAUCGCCGCAGCAUGAACUUCAGGCGCCAUUUAGCAUCGAUACCAACGUCAACUCACCCCCUCCAAUGCUACGCCGCAGCAGCAGCAACUCAAGUAUAAAUCGAUCCACAGCAGCGACAAGUGCUACCUCAUCCACACCUGUUGAUUCUUCUCCAGUCUCGCCCUCCCAGGAGGACGCCCGCCGGGCCGCACAGACACUCCUGAAUUACAUCCAGACUGCUGGCACUUUCGAUUCCAACGACUAUAUGUCAAUCGUUCAGCUGACCAAAAAGCUCAAGAUCCACCAAGGUAGACCGUCGAUAGGAGGACUCUCUCGAAUCCCGGAAGGCGAUGUUGAAGCCCCUGUCCUCCUGUCGACCAAGAUGGAAUCGGCUUGA